AUGAAACACCUCGGGCCUGUUCAUGAUUUCCUUGGGAUCAAAAUCAAUAAACACGCUCAGUCUUACUUUCUUUCCCAACGUCAGUAUGCCACUUCAAUUCUCCAGCAAACAGAUCUCAUAAAUUGUAAUCCAGUGGUCAAUCCAACAUGCACAAAACUACCGGAAAAACUGGUAACCGAUUCUAAACUUUUAGAUCCUUCUUUAUACAGACGCAUAACAGGUUCUCUUCAGUAUUUAACGCUCACAAGACCAGACAUAGCAUUCAGUGUAAAUCAGCUCUCUCAACAUAUGCAUGCUCCUCAACAACAGCACGCUUUCAUGCUCAAGAAGCUCCUUCGUUACAUCAAAGGUACACUUGAUUUUGGAAUUCCAAUCCAUAAAACUGACUUAGUUCUCACAUCUUUUUCAGAUGCCGAUUGGGCUGGAGAUCCCAACUCUCGCAAAUUAACAUCCGAAUUUUGCUCAUUUCUUGGCGACAAUCUCAUAUCCUGGACGGUGAAAAAGCAACAAAUUGUAGCCAGAUCCUCAACAGAAUCUGAAUACCGUGCGUUAGCAUCUCUAACAGCGGACAUUAUCUGGCUGAGAAGGCUGCUAUCCGAUUUUGGUCUUCCACAAUCCAACCCAACAGACAUGUUCUGUGAUAAUACUUCCGCAAUUGCGUUAGCCAACAAUCCGGUUUUCCAUGCUCGUACGAAGCACAUAGAGAUUGAUCAAAAGUUCAUUAGGGAUCAUAUCCAGCAGAACCAUGUUCGGCUUCUACCUAUUAACACGAUUGAUCAAACCGCCGAUAUCUUCACCAAAGCAUUAUCUACUCCAAGAUUCCUUUUGCUUAGAUCCAAACUGACUGUCUCUCAAGACCCAUCAGUUUGCAGGGGCAUAUUAGAAUAUCAAGAUAAAUAA